ACUGAUGACACGAACCUUAGACUUGGCCGCUGGAGAACUAUGAACACUUGUUGUUGUUGCACCAAAUAACUUGCCCUGCAUUCUCCCUCUCCUAGAUCACACUAUCUAUGACCGAGAGCUCAUUAGCGACCACAGCGCAGCCCAACCAGCCCACCACAGCCUCUCAUCUGUUUCUCAUCCACUCUCAAAAGACACUGACGUACGACCGCAGAGCUCCACAUUAACGACAACACGCUGGCUGCCGACAUCACACAACGUACCAGCUACUCAACCGGUUCCAUAUGUGUCACCGUACUUGGCGACAGAGCCAGUAACUCAGCGCUCUGAUACAAUCUGCAGUUUGUCCACGACUGGGAUUUAUCAGGAUGUGAUGUCUCAGUAUAUGUCACCGACCACAUUGACGUCUGGACAACCUGAGCUGGAGCCUUCGCUCUCAACCCCCUUGUUAUACAGUCUGGAGGCAUCAGAGAUGUUCACACCUGCUUUACCCUCUGAGCUUUUUAGCGGACAGCUUGAGACGGAUGUAGUAUUUACAUCUCUGAUUCCCGUGCUGCAGACGUUUUCCAUAUCUUCACUUCAUGAUGUUGGAGAUUUUUCUUCACAGCAGCAGACUCUUGGAAGCCAAGACAGUUUCAAUGAAAACGAGCAGGCGUUAAGUUUAGGAAAUGUCACAUGGUUACCAACGCAUUUGUCUUUGAGCCCUUCUUCAUCAAACCCUCAAAUUAUUUCAGUCCCAACACUAUCUUUUAAAUCAAGCCAGGGGACCGUGCAAAUCAGGUCUUCAGUGGAACUUACUCAGACUCGGUAUCUUGAGAAAACUCAGACGUUCUCCCACAUAUCUUUAGUCAGUACAGUGAUGACAAGCGCAUUUUUAAUGAAAACGCUUCUGGAUAUACUUCCACCAGUUCUAAAAACUGUAGCUCAUGAACUUUACACAACAUCCUCGGGUCCAGACCUUUCGUUUCCAUUAUGUGAUGAAUCAGUGGCACGGGACGCGAGCGGUUGUACUUCAACAAUCAAAGGAACUUUGAGUGAAUAUCUUUCAUUGCGUCCCUCAGGAAAUGUUUUAGAGCAGCACUCCGAGUCAAAUAAAUUUGCAUCGUUGUUGUUAGGGUCCACGGAGGAGAUGCCUGCAAGCGAGGCUUCACAAAUAAACCACGUGACGUCUCGUCGACAAAUCGACAACUCGGAAGGUGACGUCCUCUCUACAGUAACGAACCCGUCAUCAACUAACUUCAAUGGAAACAGCGGGAAGCCAAUCGCAGGGCAGCUUCCUACUCAGCAGUUUCUGAGCAUGUCAACCUCACCAUUAUUAGCUUUAGACCUUACUUCGUAUCAAGACCCGAGCUCAGUCCAGCCUUCGUGCCCUUCAGCUUCUACCUCUGGCUCCCUCAAUCUCCCUCCUAAAGUGGCACAGCCUAUCCCAGCUCUGACGGCCACUGUUGGUUUCCCCUUCCACUACUCGAUCCCACCCAGAACCUUUGUAGAUCCGGAGGACGGCGAGGCGGAUGCUCUGUCCCUGGAGAUGCAGCUGACGGACGGACCCCCCGACGGAGUGGGUACCUGGUUGGCUCUUGACAGUUUGGAGCUUCACGGCGUUCCUCUGGAGGUGGACCUGCAGUUUGCUCCUCAGGAUCUCCUCCUGGUGGCUCGGGACAGGCACGGUUUGAGCGCCCGGUUGCCUCUAACCCUGGAUCUGAGCCGCAGCCCCGUGGACCCCUGCCACGUUUUCACCCUGACAGCUCAGCGCAGCCUCCACUCCAUGCUGCGUCGGCGCCGCAGGGUAGAGCUGCUGCUGAGGAAACUAGCCGGCUUCUUCAACGGCUCCAGCGGCCGCCAUCUUUCCAUAGUUUCCGUGACUCCCGGCUCCACCGUGGUGUCUUGGUACAACUACAGCCUGUGUGAAACUCAAAUCAGGACAACACGCUGUCACGCUGAUCAGAUACGGAGGAUGUGGCUGGCAAUGAGCUCUGCAGACGGAUCGGUCAACCUUGCGUUCAGAGAAGCAAUGCUUCCAGAGUUUCCCAUCUCAAGAGUUGGAUCUGUAAUAUUCAGUUCUGACUGUUUUCCUACCACUCCUACAGUUUCUAGUUCAACUCAGUCUACAUUGAAUCCGGGUUUAGGCACCAAUUCGUCCCUUAGUCCCACCUCUGAAACCUGUGUCCCUGCAUCUCCGGCUCCAAGCACCACCUCUAAACGGGUGGACCCCUAUCAACGGACUGCCGACAUGUUGACAGCUCUCCUUAUAGUCUGUCUUCUCAUCCUCGUCGUCCUCCUGGUCUCGGCGGUCCUCUACUUCUGCAGAGGUCUUAGGAGGCCGAGAACAGUCGCCAUUUGGCCUGCGCGCAGCACUGUCGCGGUUCAAUGCCGAGACCUUUCAGCCAUAAGACCAAGGCGUCCCCCGCUGCUCCACCCCGAGCUACCUCCACCUCCGCUGAGCCCGUGGUUCAACAACCCGUUGCCCGACGAACUCCCGUCUGACUGCAAGCCGAAAGGGAAAACUCUCAAGAUACUACAGUCACGUCCUCAGCAGUAUGAUUUUUUUAAAUAAAUGACUAUUUUUUUC